AUGGUGAUGGUGAGCGUGGCGAGCCCGAGCCCGAUGGUGCGGUCGGAGGAGGACCUGGGCCCGCCGUGGCUGCGGCCGCUGCUGGGCACGAGCUUCUUUGUGCCGUGCCGGCUGCACCCGGAGCUUUGCAAGAACGAGUGCAACCUCUUCUGCCUCGGCUGCACCGGCGACGCCCUCUGCGCCUACUGCCUAUCGGCGCACCGCGACCACCACGUCGUCCAGAUCCGGCGUUCGUCGUACCACAACGUGAUCCGGGUGUCGGAGGUGGGGAAGCUGAUCGACAUCUCGCACGUGCAGACGUACGUGAUCAACAGCGCCAAGAUCGUGUUCCUCAACGGCCGCCCGCAGACCAGGCCCGGCAAGGGCGUCACCAACACCUGCGAGAUCUGCUGCCGGAGCCUCCCGGACUCCUUCCGAUUCUGCUCCCUCGGAUGCAAGCUGGGAGGGAUGCAGUGGGACCCGAGCCUGACGUUCGCCAUACGGCCGAAGCGCGGGCAGGGCUCCGGCGACGACGGGUCCGGCUCCGACGACUCGUUCAGCCCCAAGAAGCCCCGGCGGAUGGCCGGGUUCGACUUCGGCCGCUUCGAGCGGCCGGGCAUCCGGUGGUCCGACGACGAGGGUAGCAGGUCCAACAACGGGCCGUUCACGCCCGGAACGCCGCCGAUCAACCGGUGCAGGCCGUCCAGGAGGAAGGGCAUCCCCCACCGCUCCCCGUUCUACGGUUAG